GCUGCUGUGGCGCACAUAUCAUGGUCAGAUAACGGAGAUAAAACAAUCUCAUCUCACUGUGAUGCAGGGAAUGGAAAGGCUGGACAAUGCAGCCGUACUAAUCCAUCAUAUCUUUCUUGGAUUACAGCGGGAUUAUUUGAAGGUAUGAAGAUAUUCCCUUGUGUGUCCCAUGCAAUUCAAUUAAAGUGGCUGGAUCAAGGCAGCACCCGGGUUUGACCUGUGGGACUGUUGGUGUGUGUGUGUGUAGGGGGGGCGGUCGUGGAGCGGAGGUGGAGAUCUUUUAAUUACUGACUCUCUCCGGGCUUUCGUCGUCUGCGAUUUAGAGAGGGUGGCAGGCGAGCUGCCGUGAGCAAACUUUACUUAAGACAAAAACAAGGAUUCAUAAUUCAUGUAGUCUGCUGUGGGAUGCAUUUUCUUUUUCUCAGAUGUCCGGGAGACACAGAAUAAGCUACAACCAGGAACCGGCAUGGUCAGGACAUCCGGACAAUCUGGCUAUUUUCUUGGGGCGCUCUGUGACGAUGAAUUGGCGACUUUUGGUGUGACUCUGGAUACCAAAGCAAUACCAAUCAACAAUGAACCGUGACUGUUUGGUAGCAUUGGAGGAGCGCGUUUACGCACGAGAAAGCAAAGCUCUUGCAAUAAAAACAAUCAGUUAAUCAGGUACUGCGCACCACCUCUUAUGCAUUUGUCUAUUGCAGACCUCCGCGCACACCAUACCCUCUCUAUGUUAGGAGACGUAGCGGUGGUGGAGACUCCGGAGUAUAUAAAAAGUCAGGAAAGGACUGGGCUCUGUCAACGGAAAUAGUUAUGAUUAGGCCCUGAGGCAAGGAGCAUGUGGGUAUAAAUAACGUUCUUAAGGCAGUAAUGUGGAGUUGAGCUGCGCCUUAAAAUUCAAAGCUGGCGCUUUCGAUCAAGACCGCAAACAGCAGAGCUGAGUCAAAGCAAGCACAGCAGAGGAAGUGUUUUGGAUGAAGUUCUACUCAACCCUGUAAACAAAACGUGGUGCAGUUCAGGAGGUGUUAGUGUAUAUUCCCAGUGGAACGGUGUUGACACACAACAACAUUAAAACUCCAAAACACAUUUUUACUGGAUUGGAUAUUCCACAUGCAGUGACCACAACUUCUGAAGAACCCUUUAAAACAAUUUCUUCACUUCUGUGGUGUUUCUUUUUCAUCUUUUCUCUUUAUGCACAUGUAUUUUGUAAUUUUCUUAGUUUUCCCAAGUAUUUUUCAAAUGGGGGAAACAGUGUUGUGUGGACUGGAACAGAGCACGCAGUGAGUGAACCUUGCAGUCUCAAGUGUGUCAAAACAGACGGGAAUGUAGAGGAAUGCAGGGACUGACGUCAAGAGGGACAAUAAUGAACUAUUCAAAAUCUGCUAACUGAGUGGAAUUUUUGACAAGAUUUUUGUUUGUUCUCUCCUUUUUCAUUCUUAAGAGUUAACAGUCAUUGCCCUAGGUGUUAUACUGUGGCCACAUACUUUGCCUUACUUUUUGUCUAACUGUCCCUUCUGCAAAGUCUUUGAAUUUGGAUAGAUUAAAAAGCAGCAUGGCGUCCCCCCAACAUCAACAACUGCUGCCUCACAACACAGAAGUGAGCUGUGACUCAAGUGGAGAUGGCGGUGUCUCAGUGAGGAUUGGCAGUAGUGGCAAACACAAGCAUGGAGGCGGACCGCUGGGUUCAAUCGGGGGAGGCUUUGUUGGGGGAUCCAAGCACUGCAAGUACAGCAUCUCCUCCAGCUGCAGCUCCGGAGAGUCUGGAGUCAGGAGGCCAGCGGUUAAGAGCUUUCGCACACAGAAGAAGAUGCCUCAGCUUUUUGAAAGAUCUGCUGGUCAUUUCUGGGACCCAAAGUUUGACUCUUCAAUCUUGGAAGAGGCCUGCAGGGAACGGUGUUUCCCUCAGACCCAACGGCGCUUCCGCUAUGUGCUCUUUUACCUGGUUACUGCUGGCCUCCUGUGGGGAUUGUACUUUGCUGCCAACCCUUCCCGCUGUGACAGGACUGCCUUUCUUCUUCCCACCGCGGCUUUCCUUGUUUUCUGCCUCCUUCUCUUCCUCUUAACUUUUACUAAGCUCUAUUCUCGCUGCUACAACCAGGCAUCCCUGCUGCUCAUCCUUGUAACCUUCAUCCUGACCCUGGCCCCCCAGAUCCAGACGUCAAGCUUCAGGGACCCGGAAAGUCCCACACCCGCACUAGAUGUGGAGGAAUUCAGUGGCAUGGGACCCACAUAUAACCUGUCUGAUAAGCUUGUGGGAGGUAGCAAUUGGUCCCCCUGUCUUUCUCCUGUAGGCACCUUCUCCCUCUGUAUAGAGGUUCUUCUGUUGCUAUACAGUGUUCUCCACGUUCGCCUUUAUGCUUCUCUCCUGCUCGGGUUUCUCUACUCUGUCUUUUUUGAGAGUGUGGGCUGGCUGCAUUUGACACAGGUAGGCGAUAGCUGGAACUUAGCCUCUCAAUCAGACUGGGAUACAUUAAGUUGGCUGGGCCCAGCCAAAGCCCUGCUCCACCUCUGUGCCCACGCCAUUGGCAUCCACCUAUUCAUCAUGUCUGAGGUCCGGUCACGCAGCACCUUCCUUAAAGUGGGACAAGCUAUCAUGCAUGGCAAAGACCUGGAGGUGGAGAAAGCCUUGAAGGAGCGAAUGAUCCACUCUGUUAUGCCCCGAAUCGUGGCUGAUGAGCUAAUGAAGCAGGGCGAUGAGGAGAUAGGUGAUAGUUCUGUAAAACGAUACUCCACCAGUGGUGCAGCAGCCGUCAUCUCCAGCCCUAAAAACAAUAAGCGCAAGAAAACCUCCAUCCCUCGAGGCCAGAUCAUCUUCAGACCCUUCAACAUGAAACGGAUGGAGCCCGUCAGCAUCCUCUUCGCAGACAUUGUGGGCUUCACAAAAAUGUCUGCCAACAAGUCUGCUCAUGCCCUCGUUGGGCUUCUAAAUGAUUUAUUUGGACGUUUUGAUCGACUUUGUGAGCUCACUGGCUGUGAAAAGAUCAGUACUCUAGGAGACUGUUACUACUGUGUGGCUGGUUGUCCUGAACCAAGACCAGACCAUGCCUACUGCUGUGUGGAGAUGGGCCUCGGGAUGAUUCAGGCUAUUGAACAGUUCUGCCAGGAGAAGAGGGAGAUGGUCAACAUGAGGGUGGGAGUCCACACGGGCACUGUACUGUGUGGUAUACUGGGCAUGAAACGCUUCAAGUUUGAUGUUUGGUCAAACGACGUGAACCUGGCCAACCUAAUGGAGCAGCUGGGCGUGGCUGGGAAGGUCCACCUGUCACAGGCCACUGCCAACUUCCUAGAUGACCGCUACCAGCAUGAAAGCGGACAAGUCAUUGAGAGAAUAGGACAGAGUGUGGUGGCUGAUCAGCUCAAAGGCCUGAAGACCUACCUGAUCUCUGGCAGGAAGGUGGAGCCUCACUCUCACUGUAGCUGCUCUCAGUCAGGGUUGGCUGGGCCUGAGCAUGCAGAUCCUCGGUGCCCGACUUCCAGGGUGCACACACCUGAUGGGGCCCCUUCAGCUUGCACCUUGCCUCCGGACAGUGUCAAGUCUCCCUGUCUAUCCUGCAGUGUGGUCCUGGUACCAGGGGAGGAUCAGGUUCUGGAGGAAGGACCAGUGCACAAUGGCUGUCAUGACGAUCAAAAGACCAACAGCAGCAGCAAGGAAUCUUCAAAUCUAAAGUGUUCCCCAGUGGUUUCUGCAGGCCGCGGCCCCAAGGCUCUGAACGGCCUCCUCAGUCCUCAGCUGGAAGCCUUGAACAACAGCCAGACGUCACUGUGUGAGAUGCUGCAGGAGAAGGAGAAGAAGACGUGGAGCGGAGGAGCCAUGGGCAUGGACCACUCAGCGCUCAUCCCACUACGCUCCAAGAACUUCAGGGAGAGGAGCGAUGCUCACUUUGUGGAUGUUAUCAAAGAGGACAGCCUUAUGAAGGACUAUUUCUACAGACCACCCAUAAACAAGCUGAGCCUUACCUUCCUGGAGAAGAGCCUGGAGUCUGCUUACCGGAUAAGCUAUCAGGAGGAGGUGGAAACCCAAGCAGCAGUUCAGACUUUUGCCAGUCCAACAUUCAGUUCUUUUCUGGACAUGCUGCUCUGCUGUUUAGUGUUUCUGGCUCUCUCACUGGCCUGUUUCCUUCGACCGCUUGUCACCCAGCAGAAUCUGUCCACACCAGCAGUCAUUCUGACAGCUGUGGCCACCUUGUUGGAGGCUGUUGCUCUGCUGUUUGCUAUACGUAUGGCUUUCUACCUGGACAGUGUGCUGAAUUGCACUCAGGUGCUGAUGAGAGCGGUUUCAGGCUGGAUAGCACGUCACUUUAUAGGAGCAUUCCUGGUGUCCUUGCCCACUGUGGCCGUCUUCUCCCACAUACCCUGUGACAUGCAUCUCUCCGUCCAGUUCACCAUGUUCAUCUGCUGUGCAGUCAUCAUAGCUAUAAUUCAGUACUGCAACUUCUGCCAACUCAGCUACUGGAUGCGCUCAACUCUAGCAACUUUGGUGGGACUAGCACUGCUUGCCUUGCUCUUCAGCUCCCCCUGCAGUGCCGCUAACAGUCUGUUUUCUUGGUCGGGAGGCCAGAACAAUAACAGCAACAGCUCUACCGUCAUGUCUGACAGCCCAGCAGACCCAGAUCCACAGCCCAACCCACAGGACCUACUGGGCCCUGAGGCCUGCGUGGCCUUUUUCCUGCUUCUUCUCCUGGUCUGGUUCCUUAACCGUGAAUUUGAGGUCAGUCACCGCCUGCAUUACCAUGGUAACGUGGAGGCUGAUCAACACCGGAUCAAGAUCCAGAACAUGAGGGACCAGGCCGACUGGCUGCUCCGCAAUAUCAUCCCCAUCCAUGUGGCCGAGCAGCUGAAGGUCACCCAGAGCUACUCCAAAAACCACGACAAUGUGGGUGUCAUUUUUGCCAGUAUUGUUAACUUCAGCGAGUUUUAUGAGGAAAGCUACGAGGGAGGCAAGGAGUGCUAUCGUGUCCUCAACGAGCUAAUUGGAGACUUUGAUGAACUGUUACGGAAGCCUGCCUUCUCAAAUAUUGAAAAGAUCAAGACUAUCGGUGCCACGUACAUGGCAGCAGCAGGACUCAAUGCGCAGCAGUGUGCAGAUGCGGCACAUCCUCAUGCCCACCUCCGCGCUCUUUUUGAUUUUUCCCUGGAAAUGAUGCAUGUGGUUGACGACUUCAACAAGAACAUGCUGGGCUUCGGCUUCAAGCUACGCAUCGGAUUCAAUCAUGGGCCCCUAACAGCGGGGGUGAUUGGCACCACUAAGCUUCUGUACGAUAUCUGGGGCGACACAGUCAACAUUGCCAGUCGCAUGGAUACUACAGGUGUGGAGUGUCGUGUCCAAGUCAGCGAGGAGAGCUAUUGUGUGCUCAGUGGCAUGGAUUACGAGUUUGAUUACCGUGGCACAGUUAACGUCAAAGGGAAAGGUCAGAUGAAGACUUUCCUGUACCCUAAGAGCAGUGACAGUGGCCCUGUGCCUCAGUACCAACUCUCAGUCUCACCAGAGAUCCGGGCACAGGUGGAUGGUAGCAUCGGGCGCUCCCCCACUGAUGAAAUUGCAAGCAUGGUGCCCACAACUAGCAUAAAUUCAAGCAGUACCAAUACUGCAGUGCCCAGUGCCAGCUCUUGUUCCUCUACUACCAUAGGGCUAAGCCAUGAGAAAGAGGUGGACAGCCGUGAAAGACGUUCCUCUACAGAGACUUCUCAUAGCAGGCGACCUCUGUCUCACAGUGGCAUGACAUCUACACAUGUUACCAACCGAGAUGGCCAUCCUCCAUCUGCAAAUAACAAACAGCUCAUCAUUUCAUCCUCGGCACAGCAAAAUACUCCCCAAAAUUCCACAACAAUGUCCCAGAAAGACAUCAAGAAGGACAAACGCGAGGAUGAUUAUGACGGCAGUGUUGGAGAGUUAACCAGGCUUUAAGAAUUUGCUACAAUGGCGCUUUUAUCAUAAAUCCUCUACCCUUUAAGCUGUCGUUCCUGCCAGCUGGAAUUUGUAAGAAUGGUUGCACAUUUGGUCCUACCAAGAGAGGAAGACCCACAGGCAUCUUUCCUGCCUCAGCCUGGCAGCAGGUUGUUUUUAGUGUAAAUCUGAUUGGCUGAUAUUGUCAGUGGAGGGUGCUGGCUUGACCAAAAAGUGAGCAUCCACAGGCAGGAACACACAGAGAAAACAGGGAAGAUGUGAUGGCUGACUCUGAACCUUCUCUUGCCUGCUACACAUCCCGUCGUCUCCCAUUAACUUACUUGAUUAUCUGUACACCUUUAAUCUUAAUUAUUUCUUUCAAAUGUCUUUUAAGUGCCUUUAGAAUAGAAUAAUGUGUAGACUAAGCCUUUUUGAGUAAGAGAGGAAAAACAUAAAGGGAAAACUGUAAAUAAGCACAUUUUUUGGAAAAGAGGCUUUGCUUUUGUUACAAUUUUACUUUGUAAAUUAUGUUUUGCUAUGAUAUUUUGCCUUUUAUCAAGGAAACUGCAGCAAGCUGACCUUAAAUAUGGAAAGUGCUACAACGUGAGGAGAGUCACAAUAUGUGUCAAGUGAACAUAAAUAAGAUGUUACACCACGAUACGUAUUUGUAAGAUUCUGCACUAGAAUGCUGCAUAGCCUGUUUCCAUGAACAGAAAACCAGAAAACUUUUCAUGAAAGACACAACAGAAGCUAAUCAAUACAGGCUAAGGGCAGACGAGGCCGUUCUGCGUUUUGUGUGAGUGUAUUUGCAUGUGUACGGUGUGUGAGCGUGUGUUUGUAUGUGUAGUUAAAAGGUCGUGGGGGGUUUAAUGAGAAGAGGUGCCUAUGAGUUACUCAACUGACUUGGUGAAACAGCAGGAUGACAGUUUGGGAACGCAGUUGAGAAAAAAUAUCUUGGUUGCUGAUGUGGCAGUUUUUUCUCUGGCCUCGGUUAAGAUCUUUGUAUUGCCUCAGUACUGAGGCAUGACAGCCUCAGCUACUCUUAAUCAGCAUGCUUGCAACAACAGCACCGUAGAUGAGCUGUUACCAGUGUUUGUGCCCUCCCCCAUGACCCAGGCUCUUAUGGGAACUCAAGCUGUGAUUAGUGUUGAUGAGUAUUUCAAUUGAUCCUACAAGGCACUGCGCUACCUGUAGAGUGACUGUAGCUGUAGAUCAAUUUAGAGAAAACAACUGCCUAGGUUUGCUAUGGAUUACACUGUGUGUUAGUUACUAGUGCUUUUAAGACAUGGAUAAUCAAAGUGGAAUGUCACAAAUCACAACUAAAUGUGUUUUAUUGUAAACUUGAACUGUUCAUGUGAAGCCUUUCUAAUUUCUUUAAUUUAAAGACAUUGCUGGAUGGCCGCAUUAGCUGCUUCAUACUUUCAAUGGCAUGAAACUUAAUAUAAUAGCAUUGUAAAUGCAAAGGCAGUGCACCAAAUGUAUUUCAUAUUAUUCCUGAGGUGUUUUUGCUCUUUCUUGUCAACAUUGCUCUGGCUGUUACAUUUUCUUCCUGUCACUGUUUCUUAGGAAAAGGGAUUGUGUGCUCAGAGGCAAAAAAAAGUUUUACCAUGAAAUCCACUUCUUCGGAUCUUCUUUUGGACAUUUAAAUAUCCUGAACUGCACAUUAACCUCAUAUUUUAAAUUGCCAUUUCAUAAUCAGUAAUUUUAAGUAAUAAAGGUAACACGAAGAACCACUUUGCCUUCUUUUAUCAUCAAAUAGUUUAUUACAACUGCCGCAUUCAGUAUUACCCUAAUAGUUAAAUAAUGUGUUUGCUUUGAAAUGUGUGAAACUAGGGUAGCUUGUGCCUUUUAACUUUGAACUUUGAACUUGAUUUUCUUUAUAUUAUUUUCCACUGUCUCCUCUAAGUUUCUUUCAUUUCUUAAGACACUGAAUAUUUGUCAAAAGCUUAUGGUAUAUGCAUAAGCAGGAGAAUGUUUACUUUGGCGCUUAAAUUACUUUUGCGUAAGUUUUCUAAAGUCAUGAAAUUUGAGCAGUGCCUUUUCUUGCUAAACACAAUUAAAUGUAAACACACCAAACAUAUUCAACAUUAAUUGGCCUUGUUGCAGUUUUUGAAUUCCUUUUUGUUUGGCCUUUGUGUACUGUAUGUAUUGAUCAGAUGGAGUUUGGUUGUUUGAAAUGCAGUAAUAAAAGUUUAACAUCGCUUGUUUGAAAGCUAAAAUUACCUUAUUUAUGCUUAUGAGCACACAACCCUUUGUUUAUACUUCAAUAAAGGGACACUUAGAAUCAUUUUGUUGUUAAUAUCCAAGAUUAAGUGCUUGACGUGUUAAGUGAGGUCAUGAUCCUUGAGUGUCAGCGUAUAAGCUACAUUUCUUCUUUCUUCUUUUUUUCUUGGUAAUUUUGAUAAACUUUUUUGAAUUAUGCAUUUUUAUAAACUUUUUUUCUGGAUUAGGAUUUUAUCUGGUCAAAUGAGAUAGAGGUGUAAUUACUUGCCACUUGUUUUGUUUUUUUUAAUUCCCCCUCCACCCCUUUAUGUUUCACUGCAAACAUGAGCUUGUUGAUUUGCUUUGAUCGAGGUGUAAGCGACAUUCUGAACAAGCAGAAUGGCAUACUGAGAAAAUGUUGAUGCCAAAGAGUGUCAUUGCCAUUUUUGUAUGUUAUGUCGUGUCCCCUCCUUAAUUUGUAAGAUGUGUUGUACACGUUCAAGAAAGCUAAUUUAUAUAUUCACUGUUAUAAUACAUUUGCACAAGGCACUCAUUUCUUUGUACAGUAUGCCUUUAUAUUGUAUAGUAUCGGAGCAUUUUAUAUUAUUUCUAUAAGCGCAUCACUAGUGUAUUAAAUAGUCUAAAGAACUGGGUAAUUUUAACAAUGUUGGAAUAAUACUUAUGUGUUGAUGUACACACCUGCAUGUGUGUAAAAAAACUGUUUGAGUAAAUCUGCGUGGUUGUGUUUGUUUGGGAAGGGAUGCUCUAAUCUUAGCAGGAUCAUGACCUGGACAUUUUAGUCUAAUUAUCAUCUAAAAAAGUAUGACAUGCUAGGAUAUUAAGGCUUCCAGCUUCAAUCAGCUUUCCUUUUCCUUUUCUUUUUUUAAUUCAAACUGGUGAGACACUACUAGAUGUCUGCAGGUAGGCAAUAUUUCAGUUGCCUGCUACAGCGAAGUUUUAAUGAAUUGACUGAUUUCUUUGAAAAUGUUUUUGUAUAUAGCACGCUAAUAGGUAUGCAAGUGAAGGUUAAAAUUUAAUAAAGUCAGUUGCUGAGAA